AUGGGUAAAAACAUGGUUGAAGAUGGCAGUGAUGCAGAGACCUAUGGAGAAGAGAAUGAUGAACAGGGAAAUUAUUCUAAGAGAAAGAUAGUCUCUAACUGGGAUCGAUAUCAAGAUACUGAAAAAGAAGUCGAUAAUGAAAGUGGAGAAUCGCAGAGGGGGACAGACUUCAGUGUUCUCCUCAGCUCUGCAGGGGACUCCUUCUCACAGUUCCGGUUUGCUGAGGAGAAAGAGUGGGAUGGUGAAGCUUCAUGUCCAAAGCAGAAUUCAGCAUUUUAUGUGGACUGUGAGUCAUUGGUUCAAGCCCUUCAAGAACUGCCUCUCUCCCUCCGACUCAAUGUUGCUGCUGAAUUGGUCCAGACCGCCCUUCCUUUAGAGCUUCCUCAGGUGAAACCAAAGAGAAACGAUGAAGGCAAGGGACUAGGCAUGCAGUUAAGAGGGCCCCUGGGGCCUGGAGGAAAGGGGUCGUUGUCUGAGCUGAAAUCAUCACCUGCUGGCUGCCCCGGGUCCCUGAGUAAAGCUAGCCCAAGACCAGGCCCCUCAGAGGGCUCCCAGGAUCCCGCUUCCCCACUGCAGUCAGCAGCGGACCAUCUGGAAGAAGAAUUAGAUCUGCUGCUUAAUUUAGAUGCGCCUGCAAAAGCGGGAGCGAACAUCUUACCAGACCAGAUGCCUCAGGACCUAGGAUCUGAGAAAGAUGGGGAGGUGGUGGCCCAAGAAGAAAAAGUUCCUGCAAAAGCAUCUGUGGCGGAAGAAAAGACUGUGGAACCUGAGCAACCAAGCACAUCCAAAAAUGUUACCGAGGAAGAGCUUGAAGACUGGUUGGACAGUAUGAUUUCCUAACAAAAAAAGAGAAAGAAAAAAAGUCUCCGACACCAGUUUGGGUUGCCCUGUAAGGCCGGGCCCAUGGCUGUCCGUGAGAGCAGCUGGUUUACGAGCCUGCCCCGCGCCAGUGUGUUCCAUCAGCUCACACAGUGCACACCUACCUCUGUGUCUGACAACAGCCACAAUAAUACAUUUAUGAGGCUCGGGCAUUUUUCUCUGACUUAGUCAUCUCAGACUCAGGAAGGGCGGAGACGAAGUGCUGCUGCUGAAGAGAGCAAGCAACAGAGUAUGUGUUUGGCCAAAUAAACCAGUGCUGGUC